AUGUUCUCCGCGUCACAUUUGGACGCGCUGCCCGUGUACAACAUCACCCACGCCAUUCGACCACUGAUUGCCUCCCGCUGCGAAACCACCUUGACAUGGGACCAACUCCGUUCGCCGCAGGUUUCCCAGUUCUUGAUCAAGCCAAUUCUACAAAAGAUCAUGUCCGCGCACUUUUCGCGCGCGACUCUCUAUGCGCUGAUGGCCAAUUGUCUACAAUUCGAGAAGGAGAUGCACUCAAGUCCGGGGAAUAGUGGUGCAAAUCAAACACGUGCCAUGGUGAGUGAACUGCUGGCCAUCAAAGUAUUGAGGGAAUACUCGACCCGAGAGCUGCUUGACGCCCUGUCCUACGAGUUCCAUCCACUCCAGGGCCAGGACCCAGCUGCAGCGCCGCCAACGAGGCAAGCAAGGCGGGUGGUAACGGCACGCGUCUCGUGUUUGGAGGUUGCGAUUCGCGCGCAGGCAAAACGGUUCUUGGCGCACCCGGUGGUGGUGCAGCAAUUGGAAGCCAUCUGGGCCGGCACAGUUGUGUUCCAUUCUGCCGCAGACAAUCUUCAUCGCCGUGAGCCUGCUGUCCAAUCUGCGAAUCUCGACUAUGGAACUUCUACGGAUCGUGAUGGGAAUGUUCCGACAGAACACAGGAACGGGACGCUCCGCCGAUCAGUGACACUUUACAACCCGCGUGAUGCAUCAUUAUUCAAGUUAUCUCGGUUGAGAGUGCCUCGCUAUCGACAGUUCCUCUCGACUCUUUCGUUUGCCGUGCUUUUGGGGCUGUUUUUGGCCGUUUUGAAUCAACGCAGCCGGAGAAUCACACCACUUGAGAUAGUUUUCUGGUUCUGGAGCGCCGGUUUCAUGCUCGACGAGGUAGUUGGGUUCAAUGAACAGGGGUUCAGCCUUUAUCUGAUGAGUUUUUGGAAUUUGUUCGAUGUGGGCAUUCUACUUUUGCUCUUUGCCUACUAUUGUUUGAGGAUCUAUGGUACAUUUUUGACCUACCCUCGAAGCCAAUUCAUUUCCGACAAAGCUUUUGAUGUCCUUGCAGCUACAGCACCUUUGCUGUUUCCAAGAUUGUUCUCCAUCUUAGAUCACUACCGUUAUUUUUCCCAACUAUUGAUCGCAUUCCGAAUUAUGGCAUCUGAUCUUAUUGCUGUAUUUGUUCUUAUUGUCAUCUCCUGCUCUGGAUUUUUCGUUGCUUUCCUCAACUUUGGAGACAACAAAUCUCCGAAAGAAAUUGCCUACGGGUUGUUCCAAAUGUUGAUGGGCUUUACCCCAACCGCAUGGUCAAUGUGGGAUGAGUACAACUUCCUGGGGAAAACAAUCUUGACUGUUUUCCUCUUCAUUUGUCACUUUGUCGUCGUCACUAUCCUCAUUACGGUCUUGACCAACUCAUUCAUGCGAAUUGUCCAAAAUGCCGAUCAAGAGCACCAAUUCUUGUUUGCCGUCAACACCAUCUCGAUGGUGAAGUCUGAUGCCUUGUUCUCGUAUGUGGCACCAACUAACGUCAUAGCAUGGCUUGUGGCACCUUUCCGAUACACGAUGCCUUUCCGUGACUUCAUCCGCCUCAACCGGACCAUUAUCAAGAUUACCCACUUACCCAUCUUGUUCACAAUCUGCGUCUACGAGAAAGUCAUCCUCAGUGGGCGUGUUGUUCAACCGAUGGAUCUAAUCGAAUCUAGUUCGCCAAUUGACGACAUUAACCGGGCCAAACAAUGGCCACCUAGUCGAUUACGUGGUUUCAGUGCCAGGGCAUCGCGUCUUGUACGCGAGCCAUCCGUGGCAACUUACCAGAAGGAUCGAGCAUUGGAAGAAGUUUUCCGACGACCAUAUGAUGAUCGGACACGAGGACGGCCAGAUACCAUACAUGAGCAUCAGACGAACAACGUUAUCAAGGAUUGGAUGCAGGAAGUUGGCUCUGGGCCAGUAAAUGGUCCCGACGAUGACGACUCCGCUGUUGUAGGCCCUCUCGAAAUGCGCCUCAACCGACCCAGUCUCCCAUUCAAGACCAGAUUGGUCAAUCGCCCCCGCAAUUUCACAGAGACCACACGCUCGGUUGCGUCAAAUCCUGAAGACCGAACAAGCCGUGUUGUCAGUCCCGUUGUUCGGCCCCGGCGCUCAAGGCCCUCUAUUUCGCCGGACCAGAGAAGACAAAUGUCACAUCAUACAGAUAUGGAGGGCGAUGACGAGUUGACAAGCAACGAUGGCGACUCGGCAGAUGAGAAGAACUCAGCUCCAGAGUCUGAGACCAGCACGGCCAACCGAUCUGAAGGUUCGACUAAGAGAUCUCCCAAAUUCUACAGCUCUCGCCCGUCAACCGCCAGGGUUAUUUCGCGUCGCAACAGCCCUACACGUCGCCCCAGACAUAACCGCAAUGCCUCCGGUGUCACCAUGCUUUACAAUCCCGUAGGCUCUCCAAACGAAGAAACGGAAGGUCGGGCCACACCCACUCGACCAGAUACCGACUCAUCUGACGGAGACAACCUACCCCUCGUAUCUAAUUCGGUUGACCAGGGUACAAUGAAGCGUCAUAUUUUGGGUAUGUCUCGUUCACGCAACAGUCAGCUCGGCCUGAACCACAUGUCUGUCCCCGAGGUGGAUAGUAUCUACCUCUCUGAUCGACCCACUGGCAAACGCCCCCGAGCUUCUCUCCUCUUCGAUCUGGGCUCUGACCUUGGUGACAACAAAGCCGUGGCGGGUGGUUUUGCAGGCGCUAUUCCAUCUAGCUUCCAAACCCAAAUGGGCUUCGCCGCAGCUGGUCUCCGUCGCGACGCUCCAAACCAGACUCAAGACAUGCUCAGCAAGUUGGUCCUUGCACGCAUGAACAACAUCGAAGAAGGUUUCCGCGAGGUGAUCAAAGAAGUCAAGGACCUUCGUCGCAGCGAGUCAAGUCGCAGUCCAAGCAGAUCUGAUGAACCCCGUGGUACGCGUGAGAAGAAGAAGCGCGACAAAAAUACCAAGAAACGGAGUGUCAAUUCAAACGCAAGCCCCUCGAAGAGAGGUGGCCCUGGUGAGGGAACCUCGCCGGUCUAA